UCUUUGAUCUGGAACAUGUGGUAAUGCGGCGCCCUUUUGGCUAUGCGCCUUAUCCACUAGCGGCUGUGGUCGUUANAAAACCAAAUUUCAACUACACCAAAACCAGAGAAAGAAGACGCUAACAGUAUCAUCUCCAAGAGAAUAAUCUCACACCAUGGCUUCCUCUACUCUAUCUCCUGCUACCACUUCACAGCUAUGCUCAAGCAAGAGUGCAAUGUUCUCAUCAGCACAAGCCCUUGCUGUGAAACCCAGGAGGACCCAGAUGGUAGGAAAGGGAAAGGGAAUGAGAGUCACGUGCCAGGCAUCAAGUAUUGCGGCUGAUCGCGUGCCAGACAUGGGCAAGAGGAAGCUUAUGAACCUGCUUCUUCUGGGUGCCAUCUCUCUUCCCAGUGGCAUCAUGUUGGUUCCUUAUGGCACUUUCUUUGUCCCACCUGGCUCCGGGAGUGGCGCUGGUGGUCAAGUUGCCAAGGAUGCUCUUGGAAAUGACGUGAUUGCAUCUGAAUGGCUUAAGACUCAUGGCCCUGGUGACAGGACUCUCACACAAGGAUUGAAGGGUGAUCCUACAUACCUUGUUGUGGAGAAAGACCGAAGUCUUGCCACAUAUGGAAUCAACGCUGUCUGCACUCACCUUGGUUGUGUGGUGCCAUUUAACACGGCGGAGAACAAAUUCAUAUGCCCCUGCCAUGGAUCCCAGUACAAUGAACAAGGAAAGGUUGUCAGAGGACCUGCACCCUUGUCUCUGGCGUUGGCUCAUGCUGACAUUGAUGACGGGAAGGUGGUGUUUGUUCCAUGGGUUGAAACAGAUUUCAGAACCGGUGACGCUCCAUGGUGGUCUUAAACAUCACAAAGCAACCCUCCUGAAUUAUAUCAUGUAAUUUGAAAUGUUUCGCUACUACAUUUUGCUUCCUUCAUAAACAACUUGUAUCAUAAGGUUCAUCUUUGUUAAAAUUUGAAGCAUAUAAUAUGCAAGGAGGACCUAAUUUUUUGGAAUCUGCCAUCUUCUCAUCUUCUCUUCUUAUGUAUAAACUAGGGGCUUUUGCAAAAAUAUGUUCGAUUCCA